CAAUCGACUGCCGACUUGUCAAUAUACUUAUCUUCGGUGUAAACAAAAUUCAAUUGAUAUAUUAUAUUAUACAAAUUUUUUUUAAUGUUCAUCAUUAUAACUUAUAACACCAAUAAAUUGAAGAAGUCGCUUUGAAUUACUUUACUAUUAUGUGAAUUUACCGUCGGGAGUCGGGAAAUUGAUUAUCUCCGAUCUUAUUAGUGCGUAGUGUCCGUUGUAGAUGUGGUAGGUGGGCUGUCGGUGUAUACCAGGCUCACAAACUGCUUUAUCGAUGGAGGAUCCGAUAGAUCCGACCGCAUUUGGCGACAUCAAGAGACCUGAUCAAGUUGUGACUAUGGCUGCCACUGAUAAUUUGAAGUUCGGUGUGCUUAUCGGGCUAGUUGAGGUGGGCCAGGUCACCAACAAGGAGGUGGUGAACACCGUACUUCACCUGGUAAGUGUCUUAAGUUAGCAAAUCAACAAAAACAGAAAUCAUCAGUCAUAUUUUGGGUAAUCUAAACCAAAUUUUGCUAUAAUUAUCAUAGACAUAACAAUUAAAGUAUGUAAUACCAUAAUGGUAUAAUAGAAAAAUAAUCUGUCUUAAAAGUUAUAUACCUCAAGAUAAUGUAGAUAUACUUUUAUAAAAUAUGUAUUAGUGUUAGUUACUUGCAUUUUAACUUAUAUUAAUUGAGUUUCUGAUUAUAU